AGUGUCCUUGCGGCCGGGUCAAGCAAGCUGUCCCGUACCGUAUAUAUAAAGCUUCCCGACUUUUCACCUGCCGGAAUCGAACUACCGUCCGAGCUUUUUCGCCCUCCGAGUUUCUCCCGUCGGAUUCGAGAAGACGCCGAGCUUUAUCUCGCCAUGAAGCCGAAGCAGCCUAGCUCCCUCCUGCCGCACGGCGGCGAGUGCUCUCGCCAAGGUGAAGGCAGUGGUAACAACACAACCAAUGUGGAUAACGACAAGAACGUCGAGAUGUGGAAAUUCAAGAAGCUGAUCAAGUGACUAGAUGCUGCCCGUGGAAACGGGACAAGCAUGAUAUCGCUGAUCGUGCCACCCCGUGAUCAGGUCUGUCGAGUCACCAAGCUGCUGGGUGAUGAACAUGGGACUGCCUCAAACAUCAAGAGGAGAGUCAACAGGCAGUCUGUCUUGGCAGCUAUUACCUCUGCCCAGCAAAAGUUGAAGCUGUACAAUCGACUUCCCACCAACGGAUUGGUGCUCUACACCGGCACCAUUGUCACCGAUGAGGGGAAAGAAAAGAAGGUCAGCAUUGAUUUUGAGCCAUUCAGGCCAGUUAACGCGUUCAUGUAUCUCUGUGACAACAAGUUCCACACCGAGGCACUGCAUGAGCUGCUUGAGUCCGAUGAUAAGUUUGGCUUCAUUGUCAUGGACGGUAAUGGGACGCUUUUUGGAACCCUAAGUGGCAACACCAGAGAGGUUCUUCACAAGUUCUCUGUUGAUCUCCCAAAGAAACAUGGACGAGGAGGGCAGUCAGCACUUCGCUUUUCCCGCCUACGCAUGGAGACCCGGCACAACUAUGUGCGCAGGACGGCUGAGCUUGCUACUAGAUUCUUCAUUAACCCUGCCACUAGCCAGCCAAAUGUUUCUGGUCUCAUUCUAGCUGGUUGUGCUGACCUCAAGACUGAAUUGAGUCAAUCUGACCUGUUUGAUCAGCGCUUGGCAGCCAAGAUACUGAAGGUUGUCACUGUCUCUCAUGGUGGAGAGGAUGGCUUCAACCAGGCCAUUGAGAUAUCUGCUGAAGUCCUCUCCAAUGUCAAGUUCAUCCAAGAAAAAAGGUUGAUGGGGAAGUACUUUGAGGAGAUAAGCCAAGACACUGGGAAGUAUGUUUUUGGUGUGGAUGACACCAUGUCUGCCCUUGAAAUGGGUGCAGUUGAGACACUGAUUGUGUGGGAAAAUCUUGAUAUCAACCGAUACAUCUUGAAGAAUUCUGCUACCGGAGAAACUGUGGUAAAGCACUUCAACGAGGCACAGGAGGCAGAUCAGAGCAACUUCAAAGAUAAGGCGACAUCUGCAGAGCUGGAGGUGGUUGAGAGCACCUUGCUGCUGGAGUGGUUUGCCAAAAACUAUCGGCAGUUUGGUUGCGCGCUGGAGCUCAUCACGAACAAUACAGAGCAAGGAUCUCAGUUCUGCAUGGGCUAUGGUGGGAUAGGAGGGAUCCUCCGCUACCGGGUUGACUUGAACGCUUACGAAGACCCAUCUGAUGAGGAGUAUGAUGAAGGCUUUGAGGAGCAAUCUACUGAAACUCCAGUGAAUUCAGUCCGGGAGGAGCCUGCCGUAGACUGGAACCAGAACGUUCGAUUCAAUUUUCUUAUUAUUGUAGCAAGACGAGAAGACUAAAGAAACAGUGAUAUGAAGCAUGCUGCUGCUGCAUAAGUGAAGUCCUCUCAGCGUGAUUGGGAGGAAUUCUGAUCUCCAUCAGAAGAUUAUCCUAUUUACUACUGUCAUUUUUAGCAAGAAGAAUCAUAGUUAUAAGUUACUAUUAAGCGUCUCUUGUGUGAUGCUCGAAUUUGUGUGUUAAGUUUGUGCGCUGCUUAUCCUACAUUUAUUUGAAAAAUAAAAUCUAUUGUGCGUCUGUUGAUCUGAUAUGGCAAUAUUUUUGUUCACUUGGCCUUGUGGAUUUGUUUGUUUGAAAAUUUGCUGAUUUAUUUGCUACUGUAGUUUUUUUUUUUUUGCAAGAUUACAUUUCCCUAGAAUUGUCUGCUGAUCCUAGAUUGUCGGUUUUUGCAAAUACUGUGCUGUUUUAACAAUUUCGUGAAACUGCUCACGGUCAUUCAGCUGGCAAAACCAAUUGCUAUCAGUUGACCACUUGACCUAUAUAUAUAUACCGCUACCAUUGCCCCUGACUAAUAAGAUAUUCAGUGUGACGAAGAAUGCCGUUGGUGCAUAAGUGAAGUCUUCACAGCGUGAUUGGGUCCAUGAUAAGAACCAAUAAUCAUACCUAUAUGUUACUAUUAAGUGUCUCUUCUGUUUGAGACUACUUGAACUUGAGUUAUGUUUGUGUUUGGUCAUUACUAUUGUUACUUUUAGCUGCAGCAUCUAUAUUUGAAUGUGCUAUUGGAUAGAUGCAGUGUGUCAUCAUAUUUGAAAUAAGUCUGUUGUGCGUUCAUCUGCCAUAGCAAUAGUCCUGUCUAUUUGGCCUUGCGUUUUAUUUGACUUUUUUUUCUCCCUAAAAUCAUUUAUCGAAACAGAAUUCGAGAGCUUCGUGCGUGGCUUUGCAUCCGCCAUGUGCCUUAGCUCAAUUUUGGGAUCAUCAUGCCAUUACUAAGCUACAUGUUUUACAUGGCCAACGUGGACGACCAGGGCACAAUCGACCAGGUGGCAAGUGACGCCUAGCUUAACAUCUAUGCAAGUAUGACUCGAGACAUGAUCGAAUACAAGAAGAAACAACAUGUUACGCAAGGACAACUAAGUAUUCCCCCCGCAAAGAAAAAACAGACCACUAAGUAUUCAGUGCUCCCAACACUUCGAUGCUCCCAUACUCCAAUGUUUUUAAAAGUUGAUUUCAUAUGUUUCAAAAAAAUGUAAUUUCUUUUUUAUCCACAAGACAUGUGUCCAUAAUAACCUCUAAAUAAUUCAAAUCCAAACUCGAGAAACACAUUGAGAAACAAAAAAGACAAAUCCAGCAGGAAUAGUGUCACAAGAAGACAAAAGCUAAAACGAUACUGUUCACAUCAAGAUAUCGUUUUUUGUUUGUUUCUAAAUUUAUGUUUAAUUUUGGAUCUGAAAUUCUUAGGGGUUGUAGAUACAUGUCUUGUGAACAUCAAUUAUUUUCUUCCGAAUUUUUGAAAUGUUUAAAAUUAAAUUUUGAGACAUUAAAGCAUGGGAGCUCCUAAAUGUAGAGAGCGUUGGAUAUUUUCCCGGACCACUAAAUGCAGUUACCAAUUAACCCAUCGCCGGACAACGAUCAACAUCGGUUACCUUCUCAGCCUGACCAACUCCAGCCUCACGGGCGGGCCAAUGGGGCGAUGCUGCCGCCACUCCGUAGACAUCACUGUCUGAGCCGGCCAAUCCUUGUAUGAUGUGCCAGCCGGAAGUCAUCGUACCUAGGCCCUGGAGGACCAAGGCCCUUGAAGUGAAGUCGUUGCCACCUGACAAAAAAUAGAUCUCAUAGCCGAUGCAACGCCGGAUACAACGCUACACCACCACAUGCACAACACCCCUAGGAGCUCUGCAACAACGACGAGCGCCACUGCAACGAGGAAGAAGCCACUGGAAAAAAAAGUGCACUGCACCAGCGCCAUCAACGACUUGACGCCGACAUCUAGAACUACCAUAAACGACUUGACGCCAACAUCUAGAACUACCAAAUCCAUCGGCCCCACACGACAGCGCGAUCUCAUCUUCCGUACGCCCGCACGCAAGGUA